AUGGCUGCUCCACUAAAUCUCGAAGAAGGUCAGUCGUCACACAGACCUCCUCGUUUCAAUGGACAUUUCUACAGUUGGUGGAAAGUUAGAAUGCAUGACUACCUCAUGGCUGAAGACAGCGAGUUAUGGGAUAUCGUACUGGAUGGACCAUUUGUUCCGAUGAUGGAUGAAAAGGAUGGAGAGAAGACUAUCACUGUUCCAAAGCCUAGGCAGAAAUAUGACGAAGCUGACAGGAAAAAGAUUGAAAAAGGUUUCAAAGCUAAAACUCUCCUGGUUUGUGGGAUAGGACCUGAUGAGUAUAACAGAGUGUCAGCCUGUGAGUCUGCUAAAGAAAUUUGGGAUUGCUUGAAGACUGCACAUGAAGGAACUGAACAAGUCAAAGAAUCUAAGAUUGACAUGCUUACCUCACAAUAUGAGAACUUCAAAAUGAAGGAAGGAGAAACAAUACAUGACAUGUUCACCAAGCUGUCUUCCAUUACAAAUGAGCUGCGAAGUCUGGGUGAACCUAUAAGCAUGACCAAACAAGUCAGGAAAGUGCUUCGAAUUCUUCCAAAGUCUUGGGAGAGCAAAGUUGAUGCCAUUACAGAAGCCAAGGACUUGAAGGUGCUGACUAUGGAUGCUUUGAUUGGUAAUCUGAAAACACAUGAGAUGAAUCGAAACUAUGAUUUGUCAAAGAAGGAAGCCAAGAAGGACAAGUCAUUGAUGCUAAAGUAUAAAUCAGAUGAAGAUUCAAGUGAUGAUGAUGAUAUGGCAUACCUCAUUAGUAGAUUUCAAAAAAUUGUGAGGAGAAACAAAAUUUAUAAAAAGGGAACUAAUGGGACUCGAAAUGCUGCUCAAGGUGAUACUUGCUACAAGUGUGGAAAAUCUGGGCAUUUCAUCAGAGAGUGUCCUUUGCUUAAGAAUGAAAACAAGGAACAUCAAAAACACAGGGGUGACAAGGAAAACAGAAGGGACCUGGUACCUGGUAACAGAGAUCGUAAAGCUGCUGCUGAUAUGGUUGUCAAAAGGGCUCUUGCUGCAUGGGGGGAUUCUUCUAGUGACUCAGAAGAUCCUGAUGAGCCAAAGGAUGUGUCAAUGGUUGCUGUGCAUGAGGAGGGAACUGUCUUCAAUGAAAUAACCUUGGCAAAAGUCAUGUUAGAUUCUGUGAUAGAGUUAACAUCUGAAAGAGAUACCAUGAUUGUUGAACUUGAAAUUUUAACUGAAAACAAAGGUCAAUUUGAAGACACAAUGUCAAGAAUGGCGUCUCUAGAGUUAAAUAACUCUGAACUUAAGAAUCAGUUGUGUCAGUUUACUGAAGAAGCUGAAAAGCUGAAUGGAAAGCCAAAUGGAUUGCAAGCUGAAAUUCAUGAAAAAUUGAAGAACUCUGAGACAAAUCUCAGGUUGUCACUUGAAAAGAAUAACAAAUUAGAACAGGAUAUUGUGAAACUUAAGGAGGAACUUGAAAAAUCUCUUAAGUGGACCAAAUCCUCAAAGUUGCUGUCAAAUGUGACAAAUCAGAGUAAUUUUAAUAAGAAAGGACUAGGAAGUCUGAACAUAAGUCCUCCUUAUAAUCCUCAUAGUAAGUAUGUGUUUGUGUCUGACAAUCUGUUGUGUUUGCAUUGUGGUAAGAAUGGACAUUUGAAGAAUGAGUGUGUUAAUUGGAGAAACUCAUGUGAAAGAUACUCUAAUUAUGCUGAAAGACAAAAUGCACCAAAUGAGAGACCUGGUCCUACAGAGCCUAAAGAUUCAAAGUCUACCAUAUUGGACCAAGAACUAUCUGAUCACUCCUUUGUCUGCCUACUGGGAACUCAAGCUGAAAUGGGUUCCCAAGCUUAA